CAGCGGAGAGGCGCGUCUCUGGCGUUUCUCUUGAAACCACGCUACAGACAAACCGAGCGCACUGAGAAGGAAUCACACAGCAACGGAGCUGAUAGAAACAGCAGACGAGAGCAAGCAGGCAGGCAAGGCGCUCGGCUUCCACGUUAACGUAUAAUAGUAUAUAUUAACUUUUUUUGUUGUAAUUAAAAACACGCUCCACAGGCCGUCUUUGAACGGGCGGAAGCUCACAGGCGGACCGACUUUUAAGAGAAAUCAGUAAUCCUCGAGAGGACAGCCAGGGAGCCAGGCACCAGGCUUGACAAGGAGGAGACGGGGAAACAUGGCUGUAACAACCUGUACGCGAUUCACGGACGAAUUCCAGCUAUACGAAGAGCUGGGCAAGGGAGCAUUUUCUGUGGUGCGCCGAUGUGUCAAGCUGUGCACUGGACAGGAGUAUGCUGCUAAAAUCAUCAACACCAAAAAGUUAUCUGCGAGAGAUCACCAGAAACUGGAACGGGAGGCCCGGAUCUGUCGCCUGCUGAAGCACUCCAAUAUAGUUAGGCUCCAUGACAGUAUAUCAGAGGAAGGCUUCCACUACCUCCUGUUUGACUUGGUCACUGGAGGGGAGCUGUUCGAGGACAUCGUAGCCAGGGAGUACUACAGUGAGGCCGACGCCAGCCAUUGCAUCCAGCAGAUCCUGGAGGCGGUGCUUCACUGCCAUCAAAUGGGUGUGGUACACCGGGACCUGAAGCCAGAGAACCUGCUCCUCGCAAGCAAAUGCAAGAACGCGGCGGUGAAGCUGGCCGACUUCGGCCUGGCCAUCGAGGUGCAGGGGGAGCAGCAGGCCUGGUUCGGGUUUGCAGGGACACCGGGGUAUCUGUCUCCUGAAGUACUGAGGAAGGAGGCAUACGGCAAGCCGGUGGACAUCUGGGCCUGCGGGGUGAUCCUGUACAUCCUGCUGGUGGGUUAUCCUCCUUUCUGGGACGAGGACCAGCACAAGCUGUACCAGCAGAUCAAGGCUGGCGCCUACGAUUUCCCGUCUCCUGAGUGGGACACGGUGACCCCCGAAGCCAAGAACCUGAUCAACCAGAUGCUGACCAUCAACCCAGCCAAGAGGAUCACCGCGCAGGAGGCCCUCAAACACCCAUGGGUCUGCCAACGUUCCACCGUGGCGUCCAUGAUGCACAGACAGGAGACCGUGGAGUGCCUGAAGAAGUUCAACGCCAGGAGGAAACUCAAGGGCGCCAUUCUCACUACCAUGCUGGUGUCUCGGAACUUCUCUGUUGGCAGCAGACAGUCCACCGCUCCAGCGUCGGUCACGGCGGCGGCGGCUGCGGUGGCUGCCGCGGCCGGCUCCACCGCAGGGCUGGUGGAACAAGCAGCCAAGAGCUUACUCAACAAGAAGGCAGAUGUGAAGCCUCAGACAAACAGCACCAAGAACAGCAUAGUCACCAGCCCAAAGGGAAACGUCCCGACUCCUGCUCUGGAGCCACAGACUACUGUCAUCCAUAACCCAAUGGAUGGGAAAAAGGAAUCGUCUGACAGCAGCAACACCACUGUUGAAGAUGACGAUGUGAAAGGGAAGAGUAUAGAGAACAGUCCAGUUAAGAGCAAGACAAGCACCAGCUCCCAGCCAGAAUUCUCUCAGGGCCCCUCACCUGCUGCCUACUCGGUCACAAAGUUUGCGGACCUCCUCGGCUCUGUGCGUAAGGCCCCGGGACCGGUGUCCGAAGGGGACGGGGGGCCGCCCGCCCUCACCGCACCCCCCCAGCCCCACGGCCCCGCAGCCCCCAUGCAGAUGUCACGGCUCACAGACCUGGUGAGUAGCGUGCGCAGGGUGCCGGCCCCGGCCCCUCCCCCCGCUGCCCCUGAGGCGGAGGCUCCGCCCCCCAGGCCCGCCGCGGCUCCCGCCCACGCCACCUCGCCACCCCCCUCGCGCUCCCCACCCAGCCCCUCCCUUUCCUCCUCCCAGACACGCAAGCAAGAAAUCAUCAAGAUCACGGAGCAACUGAUAGAGGCGGUCAAUAAUGGGGACUUUGAAGCAUACGCUAAGAUCUGUGAUCCCGGGCUGACCUCGUUCGAACCAGAGGCCCUGGGGAACCUCGUGGAGGGCAUGGAUUUCCAGAGAUUCUACUUUGAGAACCUCCUGGCCAAGAACAGCAAGCCCAUCCACACCACCAUCCUCAACCCCCACGUGCACCUGAUCGGCGAGGACGCGGCCUGCAUCGCCUACAUCCGCCUCACCCAGUACGUGGACGGCCAGGGCCGGCCGCGCUCCAGCCAGUCGGAGGAGACGCGCGUGUGGCACCGCCGCGAGAGCCGGUGGCAGAACGUGCACUUCCACUGCUCGGGCGCGCCCGCCGCCCCGCUCCAGUGAGGGGUCCAAGCGCCACCUCGGACCGCCAGAGGUGUGUUUCUGGAGAGAGAGAGAGAGUGAGAGAGAGAGAGCGAGAGAGAUAGAGAGAGAUAGAGAGAGAGAGAGCGAGCGUGGGAGAGAGAGAGAGAGAGAGAGAGCGAGUGAGAAGAAGAGAGAGCGAGAGACGAGGCUGACUGGAUGGAAGAAAAUGUCCAGUGCCAUAGGGAGGAAGAGGGGGGAGAUGUGUGUCCCUGCCUCCUGGAACACCGCGGGAAAAAAAACCACACACCUGGAUUCCAUCCCCGACUCCACCCUCUGCCUCCCCAAAGGCGUUUCUCUUUUUCUUUUACUGAUACUGCCCCCUAGUGUGAAUCCCCUGCACUGCACCAGCCCACCGUCACCAACAGCAACCACCACACACCUAGGUGUCCAGGUAACUAACAUACUGUGCCUCUCAAACUGACUCCAGACAGAGAGGCAUCGGAAGGAUGGUGGGGGGGGGGGGGGGGGUUGGAUUAAAGGAAAAAAAAGUGAUCUUGGUGUGCGUUUCCAGAUAUGGUCUCCCAUCCCCCUCCUCCUAUGUUACCAUGCCAACCCCUGUGUUGCUCCCCUGUGAAUGACAUAACACGUUUGUGACAUAAACACCGCACUGGAAAUAAAAUAUGUAAAGUUUUAAGUCAAAUAUAUUAUCAUUAUGUAUUAUUCAUAUUAUAACUGAUUAAUAUUAUCAUCACACAAUUGCAAAUGUAUAUGUAAUUUGUAUAAUUCAGAUUUCCUGAUGCCAGUGGUUUCUAGAUUUUAAUAUUAUCUUCGGUUUUUUUCUUUCUCUAUCUUUAUAAGAAAGCAUGUUUUUCUCUCUCGGUAUUCAUAGUGGCUGUUUUAUAUUGUGGCUAUUAAGUGGACAAUUGAUAUGGACGUUUUUUUUGUAAAUUGCUUCUCGUAAGUAGCCUAUAUUAUCGUACUCGUGUUCAAUUAAACCUUUUUGUUCUUUUUGGAAGGGGUUCGUGAUGGGUGUCCAGAGUGUGUGCAGCAGAGAUUGGACAGCUUGCGUCUCUGGUUUUCGUAUUAAAGUUAUUGUACUUAUAAUAGUUCGGUUUAAGGAUCUAAUGUUUUUGUUGCAAUGUCAGCUGCUGAAGAUGGGUCUAGCGAAGUCUGGCGUCUUCCCGGUUGAAUUGUGAACAUUUUUUAUGUAGAACAUGAGGGGCGAUGGGUUCACGGGGUUACCUUCGUUAUUUAAGUUUUAACAACAUUGUUGUUUUGUGUGCGGAAAAGCGUCUCGAGAAGCCCAGUGAUCAGAAUAUAUCCAUUAGCACUGCUGUGGUAGAAUCUGAAAGUUGAAUAUGUUUCAAACCUAUUCGGCUGCGAGUACAUUUCGUAGCCUCGCCUUAACAUCCCCACUGAUGCUCUCUGAUAGCGUUUUACAGUGAACACUUUCGCCGACCUAGAUAGAGCGUUUAAAUAGCUUUAACACAUUAUUUAUGUCACUGGAAAAACGCACUGCCAGCUGGCUGUCCAAGCGAGGAUCAGAAAAUAUUCUCGCACACAUAUACCAAGUUCACAGGCGAACGGUGCAAUAACUGGUGCUGAGAGACAUUCUGGAUUAUUAUUAUUAUCUUGAAAAGUUGGUGAUGACAGUUUUUAAUUUUCCUCCAAGAACAUGAUGGGAACUGUGAGUGGAAAUGUUUUGCUACCGCUGCUAUGAACUAGUGCAGAAGAGGGUAAGUUUCUCUCUUAGUGUGUGCAUCCUUCACAGCAGGUAAAGUGUGUGCGUGAGUGUAUGUGUAUGUGUGUGUUUUGCGAGAAUAGAAGUUAGAAGUGGAAGGCUUUAUUUCCGAGGACACAUCAGGCCUCUGCCAUCGCCCUGCUGACUUACUAUCCUAAUGAUUUAAGUGUUUUUCAUACAUUUUUUGUCGUCAUACAUUUUUAAUGAAAUGCUCUUUGAGCCGUGUUUUUAGCUUUUCUUUUUGCUCCUUUUAUGUUCUCACUUGUGGCAAGGGUGCUAUGUAGAGAUUGACAGACCUGCUAGCAAAUCAGAGGGCUUGGUGGAUUGACCACGUGCAACUGGCAGGGUGCUGUGUCUUGGUGGUAACUAUUGAUGGGAAGGACUUAAAGAAAACGUGUAGGACAGCCCACGAGGCACCGCACGCGGUUUCUUUUGGCGGUAAGACCUCAGGUUUGUAUUUAUUUUUGUUUAUUUAUUUAUUUAUUCGAGCAAAUCCUUUUUUUAUUUUAUUUUCUGGGGUUUAGUUUUACGUCUGAUCGUGCAAAUACUGUUUGAAAUUGCACAAAAAGGGACUUAGCUCCGUGAAUAAAAAGUCAAAGUUUUGAGUUGACUUGACCUUCAUCGAGCUGACCACCAUGGACACUUUUUUGUUUUUUUCCCUUCUUCUGUCGUUGAUUUCUAAAUGACUUGUUUCACAAUCUUAACAUAAUGCACAAUUUUUCAAGCCACACAAUGAGGUUUGACCUGUUGUGGAUGCUGGGUAACAAUCUAUUGUGCUGUGCGAAUAGUUGUGUGACGUCACUCGCACACUGACGGCGGAUCAUUUUGGGUUGGAGCCUGGUUCCUGAUUCCAUGGUCAAUGGUUGUGUGUUUUGAAAGGCGUUCUUGUGUCCAUGUUAGCGUGUGAACAGGCCUCGACUCCUAACCGACCCCCUCCAAAAAUGUAGAACAAGCAGCAUGUACAUUAUAAAGGUGGUGUUCUUUUCUUUUCUUAGUGUGAUAACAAGCCUUGGUGAUCAGUAUAAUAGGAUAUCCAUGUUUAAAACGAGGCAGUACACAGUAUACACAACUGCACACUGAAUAUAACAGCACUGUAGCUGGAAUUUUGUUGACAUGGCAUGACCGUCAAUGGAACACAUGUUUUUUGGCUUUUCCCUUUUUCAUUUGGUCUAUUUUCUACUGAAUGCUGUUAUACUUAACCUUUCUCUAUACAUUUUCUGAGCUUUUUAAGUGCAUAUAGCUAUUUUUGUCUCAAGAUGAUAUAAUGAAGAUGAUAUUGAUGUUAUGGAGGAUUAUAUUAAUGACAUAGGCACUAAGGAUGACUUUGAGGAUGACUGUGAUGUAACUGAUGAUCAUUUAGCAUGCUUUUCUAUCAGGGCCCUGUGUUGUCGGUGCAAACGGUCUGUCUUUUCUUAAAAGGAUCAUAGGGUCACUUUUAACUAUCCCUGAUUCAUGGCACUUACAUCAAAUCCACUGCUUACAAUGUGCAAGACACUAUUAAUAUGUCAAAUUACCAAGGAUAACAUGCAUCAAAAUAAUUAAAAAUAAAUCAUGCAUUUCUCCAUUCAGCAUCCCUUUACUUACUUCCAGUGUUAUAACUCAAUAAGGCAGAAAGGAGAAAUCAGGAAAGAUUAAAAAAAAACAUUGAAUCUAUUUUGUUGUAUAUUUUGCAGUUAAAGAUGUAGGGAAUACAUUAAGCUGUUUCCCCUUUUGCACUAGAUGUACCCAGAGUAUGAUGAUACAGUAAAGGCAGUAGGUCUUUCUACAAAGUGAGGGAAAGUGCUAUCGCUCCAAGACCAUGGUCAUCGCCCUCCCUUCUGCUCCUUCUCUCUCUCCCCAGCGACCUAUGCCAGUUGCACUGACAAUACAGAGGCUAGUUUCCUCGUGUAGGGUUUCUCCAGAUCUCUCCCGGUGUUUUUUUUUCCGUUCCAAUCCAUAGUCGGCCAUCGAUCCGCAGAUCACAGCUCUUAUAGUUCCUCCAUUGUCUUUUCUUUCUUUUUCCAUGUCGGUUUGAUUUUCUUCUUCAGUGUUAAAUCUACUAGUGGUCCUCUAGGUCUCAGAUUCUCUGGAUUAUUGCUCUGUUCUCUUAACGUGCUUCACGUAAUUCUCUUACUUCAAGACAAUGUGUUAAAAGUGUUAUCAAUAAACUGAAGAUUUAAAUAUAAA